UUUUUUUUUUUCUUCUUCUUUCUCCCUUUCUUUUCUUUUUCUCACUAUAUCAUUUUUCUCCUUCCUACCCCCUUUCUUUUUUUUUCCACUUUCGGUAUUUUAUAUAUAUCUAUUAUCUUCAUUAUAUAUGACAAGUAUUAUUACCAAUCGUCCACCACUUAUAUCUUAUCCUACUCAUAUCCUUACUUUACAAGAUGUCAUUGUGGAUUCUCCAGUGUUUCGAUCUAAUGUUCAACAUUUGGAAGAUCAAGUAGAUCUAUUUGAAAAAUGGCUAGAAGGCUUUAUACGUGUUUUGAAGUCUUAUAUUGAUGCAUUGACAAAGGUGAAUACACAAACUAGUCAUUUAUUCAAACAACUUGACUCGAACAAGAUGAACUUGGCUUCUAUUGGUAAAUUGAAAUAAAAAUAAAUUCUAUUUUGACUUAAAAAUAAUUUUAUAGAUUCUCAAGUAGCAGGGAUCGUUAUUCAUGCUUUUAGUGGCGCUUUAGAAAGCAGCUU